AUGGCUUUCGGCGAGCUCGCUUUGGUUCUCGGCUUUACUUUGACGUAAGAGCUGCAUGUGAGUGUAUGUCAAGAUAUCAAGCUACGGAGGCCGCGGGGAGGGAGGGUUGUAGAAUCGGUGAACUCGGUCUCGCUGCGUUGCCGUUGCAUCCAUCACAUGCCUCGCAGGUAACAACGUUCCCGUCAAGUUGGAGUCAUUUUGGAAGGGCCUUGGUUGACUUGUCUUCUUUGGUAUUCUCAUGCAGGUACCCGACCGUUUGUGGGUACCCUUUGAGAUCCUUUCGGGAGCAAAAAGUGUGAUUCCUCGGCAAAAUCGGGAUCGUAAAGGUAGAUAGGAUGUAGGGUCUUGUCCCAGGGGAAUAAGCAACGACGGAUUACGACCUCGUAAGUUGAGGAAAAGCAAAAAUGUGUGGUUGAUUGUGGGUGCGCCUGUCUUUGAUGCAUUGACGUUGACGUUUUGUGGAGAGGCGUGCGGUUCGGUGUGUAACUGUAAGACAAGGUCGUAUAAGCGGUAGAGACUCGAAAAGGUGACUUGGAUAGGAUACGAGGUGAAGUUGCGUGUUUUGUUUUCUUCCGUGGUAUCUCUCGCGAUGGACUCUGCUUGUGGGAUAAGGUGUGUUUCGGGGGGGUAGAGAUAUGCUUGAGGAGUUUAGUCUGCCUACUUGAUAGAGAAUAGGAAUACUUGGUAUGCA